AUGUCUGGCAUCCUCUCACAAGUGCCCGUAGUCAAUCGACUAUUAGGGCUUUAUUCUAAUCGCCAGGCGAUCAACGUGCCCUCAGUUGAGAUUCAUCAUAUUGAGACAGACCCAGACAAACGGGCGAGAUGUCUGAAGCAUCUGAUCAAGGCAAACCAUGCCAACUACUCCAUCGUUUAUCACAAUCUUCAAUACGAUAACCACAACUCUCACAUUCUUAGUUCGGCAUAUCUAUUAGGUGCAAGUAUUUCUCAACUAAACGACAUCUACGACAAGGAGAUUCGAGAAUUGGACCCAUGGGUACCUUCACCCGCUGAGCUUGGUGAAGAUGACUGGGAACAACACAGGGGCGACAAGAGAUACCAGCGUGCUUAUGUGGACUUUUUCGAAGACAAAUUUGUUAUGCGUUUCAAAUAUGACUGGCGUCAGGAGGUGCAACAUUAUCUGUUCACUGGUGAUGAACCCUUGUCCCAUGGUCUGAUCGGCGGCCUUGGUCACCCCCUUAUUCACUUGGGCUACGCUUUUGAGAUGGAUUGUAAGGAACUCGCCAUGGAAGCCUUGGGAAUGGCUUGUGUCCAGUAUAACUUUUUGCACAAGUAUCUCGACAAUCCAUCAUAUACUAAGCAAGCGCCUUUCACUUCAGCAUCACCACUGGACCUUGUUACCAAAUUGGCCAAAGACAGUCGAUUCGACUCCAUCAGCCCUGACCUGAGCGACAUGGAAGAACUCUUUAACAAACAUGAGGAUCUCAUUCUGGAAUACUGGAAUGCAUGGGAGAUUAAUGAUGCCCUGAAACAAUUUGAGUUAUCUCAAGAAGCCGCGGCUGCUCUGCUCGUUGCGACAGUCAAGCCAGGCACCCACGCAUUCAAUUUUCUGCUUGUACAUCUGCUAACAACAAGCCAUGCUGUUCGAAUUUUGCUUCCGUUCAUCCCCGAGAAAUACCACAUUACUCUUGUCCGGGAAUGGUGGUUACUUGUCUUGGGCAUCUUUAUUGUGAAGGGCCGGCCUCUUCCCGAUCCGGACAACGUUGAUAGUGAUGCUAAACAGCGAGGCUGGAAGUAUGUUGAGGACAAGGCUUUGAACUCUGACUGGGCCACUGAUGCUCACUAUGUCAAGGCAAUUCGUGCCUUGAAGGAAGCCUCCAGCACAUGGGGCGAUAUUCACAAUCGCUACCUCCUGGCAGCUCUUACGCUCCAGAGCUCCAGCUAUCAGCUCAACGGCAACAUCGCAUCGUCAUCAUCACUUCUACCAGAGCCUUCAAAGUCCGACAAUUCGACUCCUUCUACUCGAUCGCGUAUUAUUGUAUACCGUUAUGCUGCCUCUAUAAAUGCAUCAUCUGCGCUGAUGACUCCGCCCGCGAAGCGCCGCCGGCGGAACAUCGUCGAGGCUUCAGACGACGAAGACGAACAGCCCCGUGCUAAUAAUACCUUGAAUAAAUUUCUCCUUUCCUCACCAAAUUCCCCUACGAAAAGCCGUGCCCCUACAGCUUCUCCGAGUCCCACAAAACCCAAAGUCCUUACCAACAAGCCAGCGGCCAAGAAUGGCUCCCUCCGUCUACCCCGUCGAGCGCACCAAAGCCAGCGCAACAAUACAAGCCCGAGUACCAAACGAACGAAAGAUGUCGGAAAGGCAGCAGAAAAGGGGAAGACGGCAGACUUGAAGACCCUUUUCUCCAAUCAGGCACAGAGAGCCGCAAAGACAGCAGUUGGGGACAGACGAUCCGUCCCCCUCGACGAUAUUAUCAGUGAUCCUAUCUCAGAAGACGAUGACAUUUCAGAGCAAAAAGCGAGUUCUUCGAGCUUGGUUGGUCAACACGCUAAGAAGAGGCUACGGAAUGAUUCACAGACGGCAGUCUCAGCCGCUCCCACCGCUAGCCAGAAAUUCAUCAAACCACCGAAACCUAUACCCCUUGCCACCGCCAACGAUGAUUCACGACCAUGGUCCGAACGAUUUGGGCCGCGGAACCUGGAGGAACUCGCCGUACACAAGAAAAAAGUGUCAGAUGUGAGAAGAUGGUUGGAUGAUGUGGUAGCAGGACGCAUGCGACAGCGUCUGCUCAUCCUUAAAGGUGCAGCUGGUUCUGGGAAAACAACAACAAUGCGACUUUUGGCGAACGACAUGGGUUGCGAACUUCUUGAAUGGAGAAAUCCUGCAGGGAGCUCUGGGCUAGGAUUCGUUUCGGCAUCGGCGCAAUUCGAAGAAUUUCUUGGUCGGGGUGGGAAAUUUGGAGCGCUAGAUACAGAUGUCCCAGCAUUGCCAUCCUCCCAAAGUAACUCGCAAUCUGCACGAAAAAGUGAUUCUAAACGAGUCAUUCUUAUCGAGGAGUUCCCAAACACGUUUGCAAGGUCUUCGACCGCAUUAACAUCUUUCCGCAACACCAUUCUACAAUACCUUGCUCACAACACACCCUCUCUGUCCAUGUUUGCGAAGCCUUCCCAACAGGGACCUGUGACACCAGUAGUCAUGAUCAUUUCAGAGACUCAUCUUACUACAACAUCCGCUUCGGCUGACAGUUUUACCGCACAUAGACUCCUUGGUCCUGAAAUAUUACAACAUCCAGGGGUUGGCAUGAUCGAGUUCAACGCCAUCGCGCCAUCAUUGCUCCUGAAAGCCCUCGAGUUGAUCGUUCAAAAGGAAGCGCGGAAGUCGGGAAGAAGGAAGACCCCAGGCCCUCAGGUUCUGAAACGUCUCGGUGAGAUCGGGGAUAUCAGAAACGCCGCCUCGUCGCUUGAGUUUCUUUGCUUGAAGGGUGACCAGCAAGGCGACUGGGGCAACAAAGUUGCCUUUUCGAAGCAGACCAAAGGUACGAAGGAUGCUAUCAAGCUUACGCAGGGUGAAGAAGAGAGUCUGGAGUUGAUAUCACAACGCGAGGCGAGUCUGGGUAUCUUUCACGCAGUUGGAAAGGUUGUCUACAACAAGCGAGAUGAAUUUGCUUCGCGCGAUGACACCACUGAAAGACUACCGGGAUUUCUUUCGCAACAUUCACGACCAAAACGGUCAGAAGUUUCCGUGGACACUCUAAUCGACGAGACCGGUACCGAUACGCAUACUUUCGUCUCGGCGUUACACGAAAACUACGUUCUAUCAUGCGAGAGCACAGAUUCUAUGGACCUGUCAACAUCUAUGGAUUAUGUCAAUGAUUGUAUCGAGUACCUAUCCCAAGCCGAUCUCCUUUCCCCAUCAAGAGACAUAUUCUUUGGUGGCAGAGGCGGCUUCUCGAGUCCAGACUCUGGCAGCCAUGUAUUGCGGCAAGACGAGAUAACAUUCCAGGUCGCUGUUCGUGGCAUGUUGUUCUCUCUACCCAACCCUGUCAAACGCAAGUCGUCGUCCAUGUCCAAAGGUAGCGAUGCGUUCAAGAUGUUCUACCCAACUAGUCUCAAACUCUGGCGCGCCAAGGAAGAGCUGGAGGGGUUUGUAGAUAUGUGGUCUACCAAGUUGCUGAAGGGCGAUGAUGGGGCAACCAAGAACCUGACCGAUGGCGCCACAGCAUUUCGUCGCCCACAACAAAAUUCCGAUGAAACUUCCUGGAUGCAGCGCAAGCAGCAGAGUCGACAGGCUGCUCUGAAGAUGCAGCAACAGAAGCAAGAGGACGAUGAGACUCAUGACACCCCUCUACUCUCACUCGGUAGCGCAGCUCGGCGCGAGAUGCUCCUUGAGCGCCUGCCGUACAUGGCUCACAUUGCCCGAGCUCGCAAGACAUCCACUUUCCGUCUCCGCGAUCUUGAAAAGGUAGUCGCAUUCAAAGGCAUCAACACUGUAGACGAAGAAUCCGACGCGGAAGACGAUAUGCCACCUGGAGAAGCGUGGGCGACAGACAAACCCUCCGAAGAAAUGAGCCCUCGAAAGAAGCGCGCGGGUAUAAAAGAUGGAAAUGUAUCAGGGUUACUUGCUCAGAAAUUGGUGCUCAGCGAUGAUGACAUCGAAGACUAA